UCAGUCGUGCAUCUUGGGUCUAGGCGUGCACAAGGCGGCAGUGGAUAGUGAUCUCAACGUUGCUAGGUCGCUGAUUAUUCAAUUAAUCGCCGCUGGAACUGCGGGUUCAUUCCAAUUACUUUCGUUUGUUCGAUUCGAAUUGUGUGAAGAGUAUCUGUGGCAGCAUUCAAUUACUUCUUUAGGAUUCCACGCCAAUUGAGCGAUUGUACAUCGUUUGAUUUGAACUAAUAGACCUGUGGAAUCCUACAUCUGCAUACCGCCGGCAGCUACCUCAAUCAACCAUAUCGUAACGGGUCGUUGAAAGAGUUUGCUAAUGUGUGUCUUUUCUUAUCAGCUGUGAUAGAGAGUCGUAAGAUUUCAUCGAGUGGAAGCAGAAUGGGUGGAAAAUAAACGACUGGAAAGUGAAGUUUUCGUUUCUCUGUGCAGCAUAUGGUUGAAGCAGAGCGUGCACGGAAACAUAAGCAGACAACAGCGGCAAUCGCGAGCCGGGAUAUCAUUACGCCGAGGCAUGCACUUUUGAUAAAAUUACCAACUUUACUUCGCUAUUGCCCAGUAUCGUGAAAUCGCCCGUUAUACAAAAGCUGCAAGAUGGUGAAUUUACAGGUCAACAAGAAGCUUCUGCCUAUGAAGGCACACUACUUCCUCUUCAAUGCAGGAACGGCGCCGGUGGUCCCAUUUAUGCCUACUUUGGUUAAACAGCUGGGAUUUUCCUCCGUAAUCGUCGGAACGAUCUACACUGUCCUGCCUAUCGUGGGUAUGCUGGUGAAGCCUCUGUUCGGCAUCAUUGCCGAUCGGUUCCAGCGUCAGAAGCUCCUGUUCCUCAUCUUUCAAAUUCUUACCGCGAUACCAUUCUUCCUCAUCAUGUUCAUCCCGGCCAUUCCGCAAGAAACGACGGUCACAUUCCACUGCCACGAAGGGGUUUCCAACUUUCGGUACUGCCCGGACAAUGGCACCACUAUCGACAAAUGUCUGGUGGAGGAGAUAACCCAAAACGAAGGCAACAGCACCAUGAACUGCUAUCUGGAGUGCGACACGGAACCGUGGAUGUGGGAUACGAUAUGCAAGCACUGGAACGUGUCGAAGUACUGCAACGGGAGCAACAUUCCCAGCGAUCAGUUGCUACACCUGACCGCCGUUGUACCGUACAAUCACGUGGAAGCGGUCGAAGAGUGCCUUUUCUUUUUGUUACGCGAAGGACAAAUCGAUGGGCGGACCGUCCCACUGUACUGUCCCGCCAACACAACCGACUUUCGACCCACGUGUCGGGUUCAUUGUGACAAUGAGCGCGUGAUGGAAGCGAUCUCCAAUUCACAUAUCCCGGACAGCAAGGUGACGGGACUGUAUCAGUUCUGGCUGCUGUUUCUCUUCCUCAUCGCCAGCUGGGCUGGUAUGGCCGUCGUAGUCAGCGUAGGCGAUGCCAUCUGCUUCGAGAUGCUCGGCGAUAAACCACAUCUCUAUGGCAACCAACGGCUGUGGGGUUCGAUCGGAUGGGGUACUGUGUCGCUGUUUGCCGGAUUCCUGGUCGAUACCUUCUCCGAGGGGAAGCUGACGAAAGACUACACGGUCGUGUUCUAUAUGACCGUCGUAUUGAUUGGGUUCGACAUUCUUUGUUCCUCGAAAUUACAGCACACGCAAACAAGAAUGUCUACAAACAUUUUGAAGGAUGUUGGACAAAUAUUUGCCAGCUUCCGGGUUGUGGUGUUCUUCUGCUGGUGCGUAAUGAUCGGCUUAGGCACUGCGCUCAUCUGGAAUUUCCUCUUCUGGCAUCUAGAAGAUUUAGCGAAAGCAAUGGAAGGCUGUGGGCAUUCGACGUGGAUUAAAACCCUGCAAGGUAUCAUCAUGUCCAUUCAAACGUUCGGCGGUGAGCUACCGUUCUUCUUCCUGUCCGGUUGGAUCCUCAGGAAGAUUGGUCACAUCCAUGCCAUGAGUCUGGUACUGUUGGGUUUCGGUGUACGAUUCCUACUCUACUCGUACCUCGUCGAUCCCUGGUGGGUGAUACCGAUCGAAUUUAUGAACGGCAUUACGUUCGGUCUUUUCUACGCUACCAUGGCUUCGUACGCCAGUAUCGUCGCUCCACCGGGAACAGAGGCCACGAUGCAGGGUUUGGUUGGUGCGGUAUUCGAAGGAGUCGGAGUAUCGCUCGGCAGUUUGCUCGCUGGCCAUCUUUUCGAACAUAUAGGUGGUAGUGCAACGUUCCGCAGCUUCGGAUGGGCCGCCCUGGCCCUGUUCGUCGUGCACGUCGUGGUGCAAGCCUUAACAGAUCGAUUCGGUGCAAAGGGUAAGCUAGCAAGAAAGGAGAACGACUUCCGACUUGCAACUAACGAGGGACCGGACCAUGGUACCAUGGGCGAUGGACACGCCAAUGGGUUCGCAAAGACCAACUCCAUUCUUUCCGACUCAACCGUGCAAGAAGACUUGGAGGCCGUGGAUGAUGACCACAGUCAAAAGCAGGAUCUUGCAACUGCCAAGACGAAAGCGGUUACGAACGGUGGCCAUCCCGCUGGUGCCGCUGAUGCCAACCAGUCACAGAAGGGCAGCUCCCCCAUCACGAAUGGGACAUCGCCGUCGGCGGCCGUCUCUGCCGUCGGUGACGGUGGUGGUCAACUAUAUGAAGUGCCAUUGAAUGCAUAAUUUUGUAGCCAUUGCGUUUCGCUGUACGGCAUAAUGACGUAUUUAUGACUGAAAGCGCAUUUAAUUACCCCACCAUACGACAGAAACACCAGCCAAACACACACAGAACAGUGCCUGUGCAUUGUUUUUGUUCAAAAUUGGUUUAACGGUAUCAUUCUCGUUCCUUUUAAACCACGCAUACAUCCCACAAAGACACACUUUGUGAUCGAAACGCGAUCGCCCAUACAAGCAACGUACAAACAAAGCAUGGUACAAGAGAGUAUCGAAGAGGAAUAUCAUAAUUAUUGCCAUUUGUUUCCCUCUUUUUGGGUGGUUCACCUUAGUAUGUUAGAGUAGAUUUAAAGCUCCGCCAUCUUGCUCCACUAUUGAUGAUGCGUUUGCAUCGUUGCCUAAUUUCUUUGAAUAAUAAAUAUGCGAAGAGUGUGCCAGUCUAUUUUGUACUCUUGCUGUCGCGUUCGAGUAA